UUAUCUAAAAAAUUGCAUUUUAAGAAGCAAACUAGAUAUUAGAUUAGGUCAUGAAGUACUGACUGUAGAUUUGUGAAGCUGUGAUACACGGUGAAAGUUGUGGAGUUCUUUAUAAGAUGUCUCGUAUGCUGCUUAUACAAAAAUCGGCCGAAUUAAUUGACAUAGCAUCAAAGCAUAAACCGUUUAUCAAAAAAGCAGCAGCUGUUUCAACUGUUCUGGCAGGAGCACGGUUUAUUUAUUGGUACCGCCAAAAACAAAAGAAUGCAUUAAAGAAAGAAGUUGCCACAUCAACCCCUAACAAAUCAAAGAAAGAUACAGUUGCAGUGAAUCGAGUUUUUUUCAAACGAUUAUGGCAAUUGAUGAAGAUUCUGAUUCCAAGUGUUUGGAGCAAAGAGUUUGUUUGGCUCUUCCUUCAUUCAUCUGCUCUUGUAUCGAGAACUUUCCUUUCGAUCAUUGUCGCAGAUUUAGACGGAAGAAUGGUGCGCUCUAUUGUGAAGACGGAUUUGCGACAGUUUAUACUUGAUUUGCUUAAAUGGCUUGGACUUGCCAUUCCUGCUACUUUCACAAACAGUGCAAUCAGAUUCUGUGAAAGCAAACAAGCUUUGGCCUUCAGAACCAAACUAGUAGAGAAGGCUUAUCAUCUGUAUUUCAAAAACCAAACUUACUACAGAAUGGGUAACAUGGACGGAAGAAUUGUGAAUGCUGACCAAAGUUUAACGGAAGAUAUACAUGACUUUACCUCAACUGUGGCUCAUUUAUAUUCACAUCUCACUAAACCUAUACUUGAUAUUGUGCUCAUCACAAAUACACUGGUUAACCGCUCAAGGGAAAGAGGGGCAAACCACAAAUUACCUGGUUUAAUCUCUUUCACAACUACAUUCAUCACAGUCAACGUUCUACGAGCCGUGUCCCCAAAGUUUGGCCAACUUAUCGCUGAGCGAGCAGCAAGGAAAGGAUAUCUUCGUUACAUUCAUUCAAGGAUAAUUCAGAAUGCUGAGGAAAUUGCAUUCUAUGGAGGGGAGAAGGCCGAAUUAAGCUUGCUGCAUAAAUGCUAUCGAUCUUUGGUUAAACAAACCAACCUAAUCUACCUACAACGCCUAUGGUAUGUUAUGAUUGAGCAGUUCUUCAUGAAAUACAUGUGGAGUAGUGCAGGCAUGGUCAUGAUUGCUAUUCCUAUUCUUACAGCAAAAGGUUACGCAGAAAACUCAUCAGAAGAAGUGAUGCGUGAAUGGGAGAACAAACCGGAGCACGAGAUGAUCAGCAUCCGCACUGAAGCCUUCACAAGCUCCCGUAAUCUCCUCACAACAUCUGCUGAUGCUCUUGAGAGAGUCAUCAGUUCGUAUAAAGAGAUCACUGAACUUGCCGGAUACACUGAAAGGGUUUGGAAUAUGUUUGAGGUGUUUGACCAAGUUAGUCAAGGCAAUUAUGAAAGAUCAAGUGAACCAAAUGGUAACUGUGGACCUGUUGUAUUGGAAAUUAAUGGUGACGUGGAGGAAACAGACCGUGACAUCAUACUCGCAAACGUUCCUAUAAUCACCCCUAAUGGUGAUGUUGUUGUUAGGAGCCUAGAUCUUAAUUUAUCCGGGGGUAUGCAUCUGUUGAUUACUGGUCCUAAUGGUUGUGGAAAAAGUUCAUUGUUUCGAAUCUUGAGCGGGUUAUGGCCGGUUUAUUCCGGUUGUCUUAAGAAACCACCACCCUCCAGUAUGUUCUACAUUCCACAAAGACCAUACAUGGCGAUCGGAACGUUGCGUGGUCAAGUUAUUUACCCGGACACACAUGAGGACAUGGUGGCUAAGGGGAUGACUGAUGAUGAUCUUCGGAAGAUCCUGGAAACCGUUCAUCUUUACCACGUUGUGAGGAGAGAGGGAGGAUGGAACACGGAGGCGGAUUGGAAAGAUGUUUUAUCUGGAGGAGAGAAGCAGAGGAUGGGGAUGGCAAGAUUGUUUUAUCAUAGACCUGUGUAUGCGUUGUUGGAUGAAUGUACUUCUGCUGUCAGUAUUGAUGUUGAAGGAAAGAUAUUCCAAGCAGCGAAAGAUGCCGGGAUUAUAUUAAUGUCUAUAUCUCAUAGGCCUUCUUUAUGGAAGUAUCACACCCACAUCCUCCAGUUUGAUGGUGAGGGUGGUUGGACCUUCAGUGAGUUGGAUUCAGAUACAAGAUAUACGUUGAAUGAAGAAAAACAGAACCUGGAAGCUCACCUGGCAGGGGUUCCGAAGAUGCAGCGAAGAUUAAACGAACUUUGCGCGAUUCUUGGUGAAGGUUCAAUUCAUAAACUUGAAAUAAAUGGUGAGAAUGGAUCCGACGAAAGUUUUCAAAUUGAAGACACGCCACUGGAGUAAAAAUACCAAUCAGUUCAUUAGUAUUAUUAUGUUUAAUUUGAGGGUGCAGGCCAAAACUUUUAAACUUUGGAGAAAAAAUUUUUAAAAUUAAAAAAACUGUUAACUCUAAAGUAAAAUGUUGUACUUUUUAGGGUAAAUAAUUAACCCAAAAAAUUAACGAUAUUUGUUUGUGAAAAAGUUGUACCAAUUGUUACAAAUGUAGAGUUAUGUAUUGUAUUUUGUUGUGCUUAUGUUAUUACAUGUUAUCUAUUGAAAAUUACAUGUUAUCUAAGAAAAAAAAGCUAAAUGUAUGUCUAUAUGUGGUAAAGAAAUUAUGCAAACUAACUUAAUAUACAUAGAAUAUUUUUUUACAAUUUUUUCUCAAUUUUAUUUUGCUUUUUAUUCUACAUGGAGCAAUAUUUAAUUUAAAACUGCAAUUUCAAAUAAAUCUUCAAAAUUUAGAGAGAUUUAGCUUAACUGUGAUUAUAAAUUAUGGAUAUUUUUUACAACAGUUUUGUUGUUUAAAUUGCGCAAUAUAUGAUGCAUUUAACAUACCAUUGCUGAAUUGUGCUUCGUAAUUAUAUAAGUUUUCUAAAGAAACUUUUUUUAUUUAACUGUAAACCAGAGUGCUACAUUUAUAAUAUACCAAGCUUUUAUUUGUGCAUGUUUUGAAAUCCAUAUACACGCUAAUGUCAAUGCAAAUGUUUGUAUUUUGUUGCUGCGCUCAAAUUCUUUCCUGGGGCUCAGAAAAAUAAUUUUCCUGUUUGGCUUAGAAACAUCAUAUUUUACAAUGUUAUAAAACACAUACUGAAGUUGUUUCAUAAAAUAUUAAUUAUUGGUGACGCCACACAUAACCAUGUAAUAUUGGCCCUUUUUAUUUGACCUCAAAUUUCGACUUUGCUUUAAUUAAUACACUACCUACAGAAAAGUA